AUGGCCUCGACACUCGCCAUCGGCGUGGGAGUUGCCGCCGCCGCCUUUUUCGGCCGCGCCGGCCUCGUCGCCUUCCGCCGCUGGCGCAACCCCAACGGCCUGAACGCGCUCGGCCGGCCGUUCUACAAGGGCGGGUUCGAACCCAAGAUGACGAAGCGCGAGGCGUCGCUCAUCCUCGACCUCAGCGAGCGGACCCUCACCAAGGACAAGAUCCGGAAGAACCACCGCGCGCUGAUGCUGUCGAACCACCCGGACCGGGGGGGCAGUCCGUACCUGGCCAGCAAGGUCAAUGAGGCCAAGGAGUUUCUGGAGCGGAAUGGGUGA